CUUUCUUUUUUUCAAUGUCUCGACGACUUUGUAGGUCAAUCUUGGGAUUAACGACAAGAGGCUUAUGUAAAAGAAAAUAUCAUACUAUUCCUGAGCAAAAGGAAGUUCGUGUAAGUAUAAUUCAUUUGGCGCCUGAUAGUCCUGUUGAUGCUGUUCUUUUUAGGAACUACUGGUCAAUGUCAUGGACACGACGCCCAGCAAAAGGGAGCUUCAGCACUUUUUAAAGAAAUUCGGAAAACAAGACUCGUUUGGUUCACCCCGAGACUAUGUCAAUGCACUUUUGGCACCCUGUUAUCAUCAACUGGCACUUACAAAAAUUGAAGGACCGUUCGAAAAGAACGGAUGGCAAAAUGUGGGGAAGACGUUAUACAAACUUCAAAAGCUAGGAUUGACCUCGAUCGUGGUAUCUGACAAUCCUGCCUGGACCUUGGCAGAGCACACACCAAGUGAGUUGAGAAAAAGAAUGGUCCAAGAGAGCAUGACCCUGGUGGAAGCAAUUGAACAAGAAGGCGGUAGAGCCGCCUUGAUCUAUGGACCCACACUAGAACGAUCUAAUUUUUCAUCAACGUCCAUUGAUGUCAAUCUAGACUUAAUUUUAUCAGCCAUUAAUAACCAUCAGAUACCCAUUGUUGUGCCCAUCCUGACCGAGGCAGAGGGCAAGCAAGUACCUGUCGGGGCUAAUGAUGCACUACUGGCACUAACACAAAGACUAGCUAAUCAAGCACUCGAUCCAAAACUGGUUCCUUCCAAGAUUGUGAUUGUAAAUAAAGAAGGUGGUAUACCCAAUCACGAAAGGCCUGGAACAGCUCACAGUUUGGUUAAUCUUCAAGAGGAGUAUUCGGAUAUAUGCACUGCAUUCCUUAAUCAACACCCAGAGUGGCAAACAGCGUAUCCAAACAUGCUGGAAAAUAUGACGACGAUUCGUGAUUGUUUGCAGCAGCUACCUGUGACAUCCUCUGCUGUCAUUGCGCCUACAUCAUCUCUGCCUUCAGCAUUGAUCACUAACCUUGUAACAGACAAACCUCUCUAUUCAUCCUCUUUACCCAUCACGGAUCAUACCCGAAUCAAUCAAGCCAAGACGACCGUCCUUCGACAGGGCGCAAAAAUCAGCAACUUUCAGCAGGUGGGCGACCUCAACUUGCCAAGGCUUACUGAGCUUUUAGAGGCCAGCUUUCAGAGAAAGGUACAUGUCGAAAAGUAUUAUGCACGACUGGAACAAGUCUUGGCAGGCGCUAUCAUCGCUGGAGAUUAUGAAGGAGCAGUGAUCAUGACAAACGAAAGACCAAACCCAGAUAGUUUAUCCUAUGCAUACCUUGAUAAAUUUGCUAUAGCACCCUCAAGUCAAGGUAUAGGGCUGACAGAUAUCUUGUGGAAACGAAUGUGUGAUGCAUAUCCUGAACUACUCUGGAGAAGUCGAAAGGAUAAUGGAGUGAAUAAGUGGUACUUUGAAAGAGCUAGCGGGUACCUCCGUCUCAAGGACUGGGUUUUAUUCUGGCAUGGACAAAAUGGACAUCACAAGAUACAGGACUAUGCUCAAAUUGCAAAAUCUAUUCCUCCUUCCUUUAUGUAGAAUAUUACGCAAUACAACAUCUUUCCAAGUUUCUUUUCAAAUGACGUUAAAAUAUCAUUUUCUUGGUUAUCUAGAACUUGUUUUAUAACCUUUUAUAGUUAUGCACGACGCAUAUAGACUUAUAGCAAUGACCACCACGUCCCUUUUUGCAUAAACUACUCAUAAAAUGUUAUUUUGCCUUUUUUUUUCUUUGAAAAAAAAAGUCCCCUCUUUUCUUAGCAAUAGAAAUAACCUCCUUAAUAGAUGAUUUUCUAUGUAUUCACUCAUGAUAAGAACUGGAAGUCAUAGACCGUCUUAUUUCUAAACAUACCUGAAGUUCUCGGAUGUGGAAAAUCAUCCAUUGCAAUAAAAUCCGACUGAUUAUGUAAGCUACCAAAAAUAGAAAUAGUAUGUAUCACUGUCAAUAAAGGUUAAUUUUACACAAAAGCAAGAACAGACAGUAAAAGGAGAGUUCCUGUUGACAAAUAGAAAAA